CUGGUGUGCCGAGCCGCAGUGAGGUCGUGUGCUUGCCGGCCCUUCCGUUCAUUCGCUCGCUCGAUCUCGCUUUCGCGUUCAGUUGUUCUUCGGACUUCGUCGACAAGAGUCCUCGAAAAGCCACAGUUGCAUAUAUACAUCCAGCUGUGGCAGUGUUUUUGUUUUGGUGAUAGGCGAGUGUGUUACGUCGAGUGAGAAAAACGUUUUAUUGAAUAUAUUAUCCCGUGUUUUUUUCAAAAAACGUGCUUUUUGACAUUGGUCGUUUGUUCGUGACCUUUGACCGUGCUGUGUCACAGAGGAGACGAUGGCCAACUCCACAGCGGAGUGUGGGCGGGAAGGGUGCAGUGUUAGCGAGUGUAGUGGAGGUGUUGCUCCUCAACAACCACUCGUGCACGAAUAAUUCCCACCCGGAUAUUUACACGAAGCUCUAUCACCAAGACCAGCGCUCUGAGAGCAGCGCAGAGGAGCCUGAGGGCGGCUCAGCGGACAAGAGCGAGGCUGGGGCGCAGGGCCAAGAGAGCAGCUCCUCCAGCGCUGAGGGCGGCGGCGCCCUGCACGGGCGCAGGCGACACAGCGGAACGGAGCCCAUCGGGGGCGGAGGUGCUCUGGCGCGCCACGUGUGGUCACACCAGAGGAUUGCUCGCUCACUCUCCCGGGAGGGCUUCUUCCCGACGCCCAACGAGCACCAUCCUGCACUCGUCAGGCCCCUGGCGGCCCUCGGCGACCUCUCGGCAGCCCACCCUGACCUGCCAGCGCGCCUGCACCACCUGGCCGCCCUGCUCUCCGCUCACCCCAACGCCCAGCAGCGCCAGAACCCCAGUGUCCCUCCUGUGCUGAGCCCUGCCGACGCCGCCCUCUUGGCGGCUCUGGCACGACUGCCCCUGCCCCAGGCGGGCACGCAGGCCUCGUCGCGCCCAGCCGCGCCUCCCUCAGCCAGCGCCUCGGCCCCCACCACUCCCGAGAGUGCAUGCGCGGCCAGGUGGCCCUCCAUUUCGUCGCUGAACACCAACGCGGAACUCGAGGACACCAGCGCUCCUACGUGGCCUUCCAGGACCUCGUCCUUGGUCUCGUUCGCGUCGCUCCCGGACGACGAGUCCGACGACUCGUCCACCGACGAAGAGGAGUACGGCGAGGACAUCAUGGCGGGCGGUGACCUCGUGGCGCCGCAGCCCCACUACGACCACCAUGCCUACCACAUCUAUUACGGUGGUAUGAAGUCAGUGGGUCGGGGAGAGGGCGGGUCUCUACAACCUCGCCUGACCCGGGAGCUAGCCAUGUCCCCCGACUACACUAGGCCCAAACGGCUGGACCUCCUCCUCGACAUGCCUCCCGUCCCUCGAGAUACGUCUCUCAAGCACGCGUGGAAUGCAGAUGAUAGGUCGCUUAACAUCUUCGUCAAGGAGGAUGACAAGAUGACGUUCCACCGGCAUCCAGUAGCCCAGAGUACAGACUGUAUUCGAGGGCGAGUAGGAUACACGAGGGGCCUUCAUGUGUGGGAGAUCAACUGGUCCACCCGGCAACGUGGGACUCACGCAGUAGUUGGAGUAGCAACAGCAGAAGCUCCUUUACAUUCUCAAGGCUACCAGAGUUUGGUGGGCAGCAACGACCAGUCAUGGGGCUGGGAUUUAGGACGAAAUAAGUUGUACCACAAUGCUAAGCAGGGCAACUCAGGCAUUACAUAUCCUUCUCUAUUAAACAAUGACGAGACUUUUGUCGUACCAGAUAAAUUUUAUGUUGUUCUUGACAUGGACGAAGGCACUUUGGCAUUUGUUGUGGAAGGCCAGUACUUGGGGGUAGCGUUCCGAGGGUUGAAAGGCAAGAAGCUGUAUCCUAUUGUCUCGGCAGUGUGGGGACACUGCGAGAUCACGAUCAGAUACAUAGGCGGCCUAGAUCCGGAACCCCUGCCACUGAUGGACUUGUGUCGGCGUGUGAUACGACAGGCGGUUGGAAAACAGCGCCUCUCGCGAAUUGAGGAGCUCAAUCUUCCACUCUCUAUCACGCAGUACCUUUUGUACCACGACCGCAGGUGAUAGUCGGAGGCAGCUGGCCCAAUUCCUGCAGCCCCUCCACAGCUAGCCAUCAGGCCCCCCAUCCUCCGCACCUCUGAAGCCCUGCGCCGAGGGAGUCGCUCUGUAGCAAGUUAGAGUGACGGCGGACGAAGUGGGAUAAAGCGUCUACAGCAUCAGUUGUUUGAUAAUCAAAACAUCCUGUUUUGAAGAUGUUUUAUAAGAAAUAACCUGUGCCAUGAGGCAUGUUUAGUUUAUCAGCAUAAUUUUAUGCUCCAAUUUGUUUCCUUAUGGAAUAUUAGCAGGUUUUGAACCAGUGUAGGCAAUUUCAUUUAGACGGCCGUAACCACUGGCCUGUGCAACCGUACUGCAGGUAGACGCAGUCAAGUGCAUAUGCGGGACUCUUAGAUGUACGUUUAUGUCAGUGUGUGUUAGUGUGGCCAAGAGCCAUUGUGAUAGACCAGGUCAGAUAGGCAUGUUGCCCCCACAGCCACCCCACUCAGGUACCCAGCCGGGAAUCGUGGCACAGGAGUGAGUCAGUGUUUGUGUUGUGGUGUAACAUUGUGACAAAGACAACUAGUGUUUUAGAUGAAAAACUUGACCAAAUGAGUGAAAAAAGUUUCAAAGAGACUAAUGCUGAAACUGAAAGGAAAGUGUGAAAACUUUUAACCCAGAACCGUGGUGGGUGGCAUCCGUCUGACCAGUGAGCCGAUUGGUGAAGUGUUCAUUGCAGGCCAGCCUUGCAUCUCUCCUCACCGCCUCUCUCGCAUUUUGUUCUGGAGACAUUGUAGCGUAAGGUCGAGAGAGAACUGACGGACCCCAGCAUUGCUGCUGGCUGGCUCAAGGGUGACGUGGGAGGUUCUUGUAUUGCCCCUAGUCCGUACUCUAAAUCUCUGGCUCUGAAAUGGAUGCUUCACUGUUUUUAUGUCUUUUUUACACAAUUAUUUAAUGUGACAUUUUUUUGAAAAUACUGUAUUGUCCAUUGCCAAUAUGUGAGAUGGCCAUUUGGGGGCUCUGUAGACUCCAUCAUAAUCCUAAACAGACUUGGUUGCUGGUUCUCAUGAGUUCCUUCUACUUGGUUACCUCAUGGCCGGACCUCAACAUGGCUGUUGUUCGUCAUAUAACCAUCAACAUAGUUGUUGGUGAUAUAUCACGGAGUUCCCUCAUUGUAUCGUAUGCUUAAGUAUUUUUUUUUUUAAAGUGCCAUUUGCAGUAAGACUAUCUGGUAGGACUGUGUCACGAGCUCAACCAACCAGCAUGACAUGGCAUCAAGAUCUACUGUUCUAGUGUGUUAUACUGCAACGUCUCUCACCUAGUACGCAUCUUUGUACAA